GGUUUGUGGAGUGUGCCAGAAUGGGAGGCAUGGCCUCUCUGCAUGCCCCACUUACAGGAGCAUGGAUGUCGCCUCACGCUGGAGGGCUGUCAGACUGGAGGGCCUGUGCUAUCAGUGUCUGGGGCCACACAUGGUGCGAGUGUGCACAAGCUCUACAUGUCCCAGGUGCGGUGAGGCUCACCACUCAUCUCUGCAUGAUGCGGGAGGGUCAGCUGCCCCUGUGCGCCCACCUGCUGCCCCUGUGCGCCCACCUGCUGCCCCUGUGCGCCCACCUGCUGCCCCUGUGCGCCUGCCUGCUGCCCCUGUGCGCCCGCCUGCUGCACCGGCUCGCCAGGGCUUUGCUCGUCAGUCGCCCGCUGCGCCCCACCCGCCUCGUGCUGUUGACCGCUCAAUGCACGCUGUAACGUGUACAGCGCCUGCUGCUGCUGCUGCAUGGUCGCCUGGCUGGCCUGACCAUCUGACCUUCCAGGACAGUCAGACGCCAGCGUGGACAGAGAGAGCGCCUGUUGAGCAGCCGUCUGGAGGUGAAGUGACUGGGCACACCUCUGCCGUCGGUCCGUCCGUCCAGUCGCCCAGCGCAGCUGCCGUCCAGCCGCCCUGCCAAGCCACCAGCCCUGGUCAGGGUAAGCACCUUUACAAUGUGAACGCUCAGAGCAGCUGCUUUGUUCAGACCGUGUUGGUAGAGGUCAGUGGACCGGGAGGUGUGUGCCAGGUGCGCGCACUCAUCGAUGGAGGCUCUGACUCUUCGUUUAUCAGGUCGUCUCUAGCAGAGAAGUUGGGCCUGGAGACUGAGGAGCAGGGAGUCUUCGCCUGCGUCGGGUUCAUGGAGAGGACUGAGGAGGCCAGAGUCUACGACCGAGUGUCAGUUAAGUUGACUGGCAGACAAGGAGGUGAGGCCACACUGUCUUUUUGGAAAACUGAUCGCCUGUGUGUACCUGUUGGGACGUACAGCCUGCCUGAGAACCUGUCGCUGCCCCCAAGUGUCGUGCUCGCUGAUGACUACCGUGAGGGGCCUGUGGAUCUGUUGAUCGGGUGUGAUCAGAUCUACCAGGUUGUGAUGUGGGACCAAGUGGAGGUUGGGCCCGGACUGCGCCUGAUUGAGACGGUGUUUGGUCAUGUUCUCCAUGGGCAGGCACAGAACCAGCAGACUGAACAGAGGCGCGUCUACCGCUGUCAGCUGGCUGACGUGGAGAGGAUGUGGAGCCUGGACGCCGUGGGAAUCUCGGCGAAGGAGACUGCAGACGAGGUGCCACCUGAGCCGACCUGGAACCCAGAGGAGCAGCGUUACGAGAUGGGUCUGCUCUGGAAGUCGGACAGCAGGCCGGCCUCCAACCUGACGUCUACGGAGCUACGCACCCGACGUCUGGUCUCCAAGAUGAGUACCGACGAGCUCGACAGGUAUGAUCGUCAUAUCUCCGAGUUGAUUGUGAACGGUGUGGUUGAGGAUGCCCCUCUCACAGAUGACCCUGAUGACGCCUUCUUCCUGCCGCACCGGGGUGUUGUCCGGGGUGAUAAGCUGAGAGUGGUUUUCGACGGGUCCGCUCCUGAUGCUACCGGGUGGAGCCUGAACGAGUACCUGAGCCCGGGGGAGAACCUGUUGAGCCGUCUUCCCUCUGUCUUGCUGAACUUCCGCACCAAUGCUGUUGGUUGUCAGGCAGACAUUCGAGCCGCCUUCCACCAGAUCGUCCUGAAGGAGGAGGACAGGCGCUACGUGCAGUUCCUGUGGGGAGACCGCCACCUGCGCUUUCAGAGGGUCCCGUUCGGCGUAUCCUGUUCGCCGUACAUGCUGUUGCGCACUGUGUGCUGCCAUGUCCGCCAGUGCCUUGUCUCCCAGCCGGAGCUGAUGCAGAAGGUGCAGGGAGCGCUCUACAUGGACGACCUGUGCCCGACGUUCGGCACCAGAGAAGAGGCGGCUGCUGGGAUGAAGGAAGUCAGCAGCGUCUUCAGCAAGGCCAGGAUGGAGCUGCACAAGACCCGCACCACAGGUGAUGUGUCCUCCGAGGACUCAAAAGUGUUGGGUCUGGCGUGGAACACAGAGACUGACAGACUCGCUGUGACCGUGCCUGAGAUGUUGUGUCCUCGCACCUGGGGUGAGCUUCUGUCCGCAGUGGCAAAGCCGUUUGACCCGUUGGGCCUGCUCACCCCGUGGCUCGUCAGAGGGAAGGCUCUGUUCCAGCGGACCUGGUCGGUGGAGCUGACGUGGGACGAGCCGCUGCCUGACGCGCUGCAAGCAGAGGUCGCCGCCUGGUGGCAAGAUUCUGCCGGCAGCACAGUCUCCUUCCCGCGUGCUGCGAUGAUCGGUGAGACCAGUCUGGGCACGCAGUAUCAUGUCUUCUGUGAUGCCUCCAAGACCGCCUACUGUGCCACUGUGUAUGUCUCUCAGGGUGGGGAGUCGCAGUUGUUGAUCUGCAAGGGACGACUGGCGCCGAUCAACCCGAGCCUGACUGUCCCCCGGCUCGAGCUGAUGGCGGCGCUGACCGGGGCCCGACUUAUGGCCUUCGUGACUGAGUCACUGUGUCUGUCAGCACCCAGUGUGACGUACUGGACUGAUUCGACAGAUGUCUUGUGUUGGAUCAAGAGUGACAAACUGUUCCGCGUGUUUGUUCAGAACCGUGUGACUGCCAUCAGAGAGCUGACCGAUCCUGACCGCUGGCGGUUUGUCCGGGGGCUUGAGAACCCAGCCGACCUGGGUACGAGGGGCAUCACCCUGUCUCAGCUCGCAGUGUCUGCGAAGUGGUGGAACGGCCCGCCGUUCCUCGUGACCUCUGACCUGCCUCCUCAGCCAGACCCGGUGGAGACGGUGAGCCCUGAGGCCGACGUGGAGGAGAGGAGGGUGGCUCCUGUGACUCGUAGCCACCCUGUGAUGCAGAACGUGCCGUCGGUAGAGACUGCUGAUGACGCGUUCCAGGCCACCGAUUUCUCAGAUCUUGGAGCCGCCGUGAACAGGAUCGCGUGGCUGAAGAGGUUCGUCCACAACGCCCGGAGUCCUGAGACUGAACGUCAGUCCGGACCGCUGUCGCCAGAGGAGAGAAGAGAGGCGCUCGUGUACUGGAUCCGGGAGGCCCAGCGGCGCGCCUUCCCGGAGGAGCUGCGUGCGGGCACGAGAGUGACGCUCGCGCUCCUGUCAGGCGAGUACUUCAUCCGCAGGAGGACGGUGCGCCGAGUGCUGGGGACCUGCUUCAGGUGCCGGCGGUACAGAGGACUGCCCUACCGAGCUGCGGACGGCCGUCUGCCUGCAUUCAGGUCAGAAGUCUCGCGCCCAUUCUCCAAGGUGGGAAUCGAUUACUUUGGCCCUCUGUAUGUGGAUAGAGACACCAAAGUGUGGGCGCUGCUGAUUACCUGCGCUUCGUCUCGUGCCGUCCACCUGGAACUGGUGCGGUCUCAGAGUGCCGCUGAUCUCACCCUGGCGCUCAGGCGUUUCAUGGCCCUGCGAGGAACGCCCAGUCUGAUUGUCAGUGACAAUGCCCGUACUUUCCGUGCUCUCGUCAGUCAUGUGCCACGGUCAGUCAAGUGGCGCUUCAUCCCCGAGGCCGCCCCGUGGUGGGGCGGGUUCUGGGAACGGCUCGUCGGUGUGACCAAGAGCGCCCUGAAGAUAACGUUGCACCAGUGCCACCUGUCGUAUGAUGAACUGGCUGUGACGCUGUAUGAACUUGCGUUUCACCUCAACCUGAGGCCCCUGACCCCUAGUGAUGGAGAUGAUUUACUUACCCCUGCUCACCUGUUGUUUGGGGUUACCACCAUCUCCGGUGUGGUCUGUCCCAGUCUUGACUCUGACUCCCAUGUGGGCAGGACCUGGCGUAACCGGCGCCGUGUGAGUGACUGUCUCGUCCGUCGGUGGACGACCGAGUACCUCGAGACGCUGAGAGGCUGGGCCGCGUCACCGCGCGGCCGCCCCACUCGCCUGCCCGCGGUCGGCCAGGUCGUCCUGCUGCAGGGCGAAGGACGCCGGGGCACGUGGCCCCUCGCCCGGGUGGUGUCGCUCAUCCCGGGACCGGACGGCCGCUGCCGAGCGGCUUUUCUCCGUGUGCGCGGCAAGCUAACGCGGCGGCCAAUCUCCCGACUCUUCAGUCUGGAGGCCGCCGAGUAAGACUCUCGUCCGCGCGCCUGUCGGUGUGUGCGCGGAAUGGCGACUGACGUGCCCGAGUGCCGAGUUGUGAGCUCGGAAUGGCGACUGACGUGUCAGAGUGCCGAGUUGUGCGCGCGUCAGAACCAGAGUUCCGUUUCUGUGUGCGCUGAUUGCACGUGGUUGUGCUCAGUAUGUCAUGUGAAGUGUCGAGACGGGUUUAAGCGCUGUGAUUUGUUUUGUGAGUCUGUCUGCGCACUUGUAUCGUCGCGAAGCGCCGAGCUGGCUGCUCGCGGUCCGCCCUGUGUUGCCGACGCUUGAGCAUUGGCUUUUGCGAAGUAACCAGAGUUACUUCGGGUGGGGAGUAUGUCGUGUGUUCGAGCCCUUUUCCUUUAUCCUCCCCGUGCCUAUACUAGUUUCCUUUCCGACUUUUAAAGUAUCCUCUGUCUGGUAGCCCGUCCUGAAUCCUUCACAUUGCGCUGUAUAAACCGAGUUGAUUUCGCCCCCGUUUCGUCCUCGUGGUGGAGUUCCGCCCUGACUGCCGCCGUGAUUGUGACGCCGCCACGUGUUGAGAGUGUUGGGAGUCGCCGCCGCCGCCGAAGAGAAUAUAAAGUAAAAUCAAUUCAACUCUUUCUUGACAACGAACCGGCUAUUUUUUAU